AUGGCCAAGUUGAAGCAACAACAACUGGAAACCGGAUUUGAACUAUUUCGUAAGUUUGCAAAAAUAGUGGAUCAGACAAGAAACUGGGUCAACAUCACUGUGGUCGCGGUCGCCGCACUUGAAGAGUUGGAGCCAUUGGAAGACAUAUAUGAUCAUGGCGUUCAUGAUGCGCAACAACUCAUCCAUGUCCUUGGAGACAUACAAGCAUUUAUUGCCAUUGAUCACACCCGUCUACCUGUGAAACUCAUUGUCAUUGAUUCCAUUGCGGCAUUGUUUCGAUCACAGUAUCAGACAACACCGGCAUAUUUGAAACGGCGGUCUGAAAUGUUCUUCAACAUAUCUGGGACAUUGAAGGGUUUAGCAAAUAAGUUUGGGUUGGCGGUGGUUGUCACCAACCAAGUGAUGGAUUUUAUUGGGCCACAUGAUGGAGUGAAUAGGGUGAGGUUGGGAAACUUGGAGUCCCUGGACACAUCAGGCAGACGGGUGAGUCCAGCUUUGGGAUUGCCUUGGGCACAUUGCAUAAAUUCAAGAGUGUUCUAG